AUGGACGACUAUACUGAUGGUUACGGUGAAGACCCUGACUACCAGUGGGAGGAGCACGGCGACAGAGAACAUCGCGUAUAUGGAGCAGAGAAAAGGGAAGAUUCAGAAGCACGACGCGAAGAACAUGAAAGGCAAACAGCAAAGGCAAGAAAGGGCCGGAAGGACGGGAAAACCAGGCAAAAGAAGGCAAUAACUGGGACUGCUGAGAAGUUUCGGGCACGAGACAAGCUAGAAAAUCCCCAAGAAGCUGCCAAUACCGAAUAUUCAUUACAUUAUAGACAAUCCCAAAAUGGACCAGAUACCAGCUACCAUUCCUCCGCUUCAGAACCCCGACACCAUAUUACUGCCGACAUAUACAGACAACAAGAAGGUUUGCAAACACGUCAAACGUUUCAUCACAUCGGAAAUGAUUUGAUGCAAGUUCCGCUUGAUGGGGGAUCACAUUUGCAGCAAUAUCAAGCUUUCCCACCUGUAGCCACGUUCAAUCCCAAUGGCGCAGGCACUAUCCACUAUCAGCAGAUGCGAGACGAAAACGAUCAAAUUAUAGACAAUGGGUUAGCUGUGGUUACCGGUGUAGAUGAAGUAGAAUGGAAAGGCAAAUAUCUUUAUUGA